GAUAUUAGAGGCACUUUAUAUAAUUCGAAAUUGUUUAUACUCAAUCUGUUGACUUGCAUCGUUCACCAUCGUUCAGCGUGUGAAGAUGGUUCAGGUUAAAACAAGUGAUGGUGUACUGGAGGGUGAAAUAUUGGAAAAUAUUUAUUAUGGAGGAAAAUACUACAGUUUUAAGGGAAUACCGUAUGCUGAGCCACCUGUUGGAGAUUUAAGAUUCAAGGCUCCUAUACAGAUUAAGCCAUGGAGUGGUGUAAAGGAUGCCAAAAAGCAUGGUCCAAUCUGCUAUCAACGGGACCCUAUUAAAGCACUGGUAGUAGGAAGCGAAGAUUGCCUCUACCUCAACGUCUAUAGCCCAAAUAUUAACCCAAACAAGCUGCUGCCCGUUAUGGUCUGGAUUCACGGUGGAGCCUUCAUGUGGGGAGAUGGUAAUGACUACCUCUAUGGACCAGAAUUCAUCGUGAGGCAUGACGUAAUUUUAAUAACAAUAAACUACAGAGUGGGAAUGCUAGGUUUCCUCUGUUUAGACACAAAAGAUAUACCUGGAAACGCUGGUAUGAAAGAUCAAGUUCUUGCACUUAAAUGGGUAAAAAACAAUAUAACUUAUUUUGGAGGUGACAAAGAUAACAUAACUAUAUUCGGGGAAAGUGCCGGGGGAGCUAGCGUUUCAUUUCACUUGGUAUCUCAGAUGACUAAAGGUCUUUUUAAAAGAGCCAUAGCUCAAAGCGGAUGUUCUAUAAAUAAUUGGGCAAUAGUUUUUGAGCCGCGCGAGAAAGCUCUGAAGUUUGCACGGGAUUUGGACUUGUAUUCAGAGGACGAGCAUGAACUCUACGAGUUCUUUAAAUCAUUACCAGCGGAAAAGUUACUAGACUACAACAUGUCGAUACAUUUGGCUAAAAAAUCCUACGAUAUCAAUCUUGGAGUAGUGAAUGAAAAAGACUUUGGUAAUAAUGAAAGAUUCUUUUACGGUGAUAUAUUUGAUAUUCUUCGAAAUGGUAUACACGAAGACGUAGAUAUAAUAACUGGAUAUACAGAAGAUGAGGGCUUAUUUAUGUUCUUUACGGUGGAUAUAGAUACUGUACACAAGCUAUCAAAUAAUUAUUUGGAAUUUUUCGUUCCAAAUUCAAUGACAUUCGAUCUGCCAUUAAGAGAACGACUGAAUAUUGGAAGGGAAAUAAAAAAAUAUUAUUUUGUCAAUGGGCCAAGGGCAGAGAAUAAUUUCGACGGUAUAUUAAGAUUUGUAAGUAUGGAAAUGUUUCAGCAUGAUGUAAUAACAUGGGCCAAAUUUUGUGCAAAUAUGAGAAGAAAUAAAAUCUACUUUUACAAGUUCACGUGCAAAUCAGAAAGAAACCAAAGUGCGAACAUGUUCAACUUUGGACAUUUAGUUAAAGACAGAGCUCCGGUUCCUCAUUUUGAUGACGUGAUGUAUUUAUUUCCAAUAAAAUAUAUAUUUAAUGAAGCAAAUAUCAAAUGGGAAGAAUUAAAAUUAAUUAAUAAUAUUACCACGCUCUGGACAAAUUUUGCUAAAUAUGGCGACCCAACAUACAACAAGAGUGUGGGUGUUAAUUGGCUGCCCUACGACACGAAGCAACAAAAUUACUUAGACAUAGGCAAUGAACUUGUUACCAGGUCAUUCCCAGACAAAGAGGACGUCGACAUGUUGGAUAGUAUUUAUAAUAAAUAUCAACCCAGCCAUAUUCCACAUGAAUAAAUAAGCAGUUUUAUUUGAGGAGUUUUAUAUUUAAAAGCAAAAUAAUUAGUGUGUUCGAACCAAUUUUGCUAACCAAUUGAGAGACUU